AUGACUCCCGAAGAAUUCCAGAAGUUCACCAAGCCUUGGCUCCCUACGACCAAGGCACCGUCUUGGAUUCUUGAGAAUGCCAAGAUUGUUGACACAGUCAACGGAGCAAUCAUAGAAUCUGGGUCUGUCCACAUUGCGAAUGGCAUCAUUGCCAGCAUUGCGACCGAAGGUCAACAGAUAGAGGCUCCUGAAGGGACAACACGCUUUGACAUAGGUGGUCGAUACAUCUGCCCAGGGUUGAUUGACUGCCAUGUCCACAUCAACGCCGUACCGGGAGACCUCGACCUUCGCCAGACCAUGGCAACACCGGAAGACCAAGUCAAGUUUCGGAUGGCAUACGUCUGCCGGGACAUGCUGUACCGGGGAUUUACCACUGUGCGCGAUUGCGGUGGUGCACCGUUGGCGCUGAAGGAAGCCUGUGACGAGUGGCUGAUUCCAGGGCCACGUCUUCACAUUGCCGGCCACGCCCUAAGCCAGACAGGUGGUCACGGCGAUUUUCGCAACGCCCACGAUCACAAAGAUUGCGCUUCAGGAUUUGUCAACGGCCUCGGCCGCGUGGCCGACGGUGUUCCCGAGUGCUUGCGGGCAGCAAGAGAUGAGAUCCGGUGCGGUGCAGAUUUCCUCAAAAUCAUGGGCGGCGGCGGCAUCGCCAGCCCCACGGACAAGCUCGAGCAUCAGCAAUACUCCCCCGAAGAGAUCCAGGCCUACGUUUCUGUUGCUGAGAAUGCCGGCACCUACGUGACGUGCCAUGCGUACACGCCUCAGUCCAUCACCAGGGCAGUGAGCAAUGGCGUCUUGGGCAUCGAACACGGCAACCUAAUCGAUCGAGCUUCUGCUAAAUUGAUGGCGGAAAAGGGUGCAUUCUUGACGCCUACGCUGAUUGCACUCCGCGCCAUGGCGGACGAGUCCUUGUUCAGCUUUCUUCCUCCGGAGAACCGUGAGAAGAACAUCAAGGUCAUGAAAUCUGGUCUCAAUGCCCUGAAGCUUGCAUACGAGGAAGGAGUGACACUCUGCUAUGGAUCAGAUCUUUUGGGGCCCUUGGGAAAUUACCAAGCUCAGGAGUUUGAGAUUAGGUCCCAGGUCUUGCCCGCAGCCGAGAUUCUAAAAAGUGCAACGGUCAAUGCUGCUAGAAUGAUGCGCCUGCAGGAUGUAGGUCAAAUCAAAGUUGGCUUCCAGGCGGACAUUAUUGUGAUCAAUUCCAACCCCCUCGAAGAUAUCAAGGUCCUUUCGAGGCCGGAAACGGAGGUCACUGGAGUUUUCCGAGCAGGCCGGCUGUGCAGAGAUGAUUCCAAUCUGUUUGGUGGGGGGUUACUAGAUAAAAUUGCCAAGCUCUAA